CAUCCUCCACCGACGAGUGUUAUCGUAGCUUCCGUGUGUGACAAAGCAAAACAGAACAAGUCUUUCAACUUUUCAUUCCCCGUCAGCUGCUGCAUUUUGCCAUUACGUACGUGUCCUUUAAGGGAAGGCGUGGCAUCUUUUUGCAUUUGAAUACAGCUUCAAUGCGGAAGACUAACAAGACCUGUAAGUUUCUGGCAAAAGCCUUUCAAGAACAGAGACAACUUCCUCAGGACUAUUUCUGAGACUUGUGCUUAUCUGCUGAUCAAGCUAAAACACAAGCCAUGUGGCCAAAUCAAGCUCUUCCCCCUCCAAUGGGUCAACAAAAUCCUGCAUUCCCUCCUGGAUACAGUGCUCCAUAUUUACCUGCGCCUGGACCUGGGGUCUACCCCCAGGCUCCACCUCCUGCUUACCCUGGAUACCCUACAGCGCAGUAUCCUCCAGGCCACUACUCCGCUCCUGUGAGCCCGGCCAUGAUCCAUUAUGGGCCUCCAGGACCGAUGCCCCAUGGACCUCCAGGGGUUAUGCCCUAUGGACCUCCUGGACCUCAUGCAUAUCCCAUGCAUCCUGCAGGACAUGAUUGCCAUCCUAAAGGUGUUCAUCUGGGUCACCUCCUGCACUACCCAAAAGGUUUCGGUCAUGGCCCACACAAAGGUCAUCAUCAUCAUCAUCAUCAUCACCAUGAUGGGUUUAACCCUUCGGCUGGAAUAUUAGCUGGAGGAAUGGCAGUGGGAAUGGGCUUAGUUUCUCACAAAGCUAAUAAGAAAAUGAGGAAAAAGAUGAAGAAGGCUCACAAAUACCACAUGCAUGGUCACUACAAGCAUGGCAAGUGGUCCAGCAGCAGCAGUGACUCCGAUUGAGGCCUUCAGAGAGCGAAUCAUCCAAUAAUCCAACUAAAAUGACUGCACAAGUACAUUAUGUUAUAAUAUCAGUUACAGUGCAUUUGUGACAUUUGAAGUCACACAAGCUAUGUCUUCAGGGCCUAAAUUUAAAUUUCAGUCGGUGUGUACCRUUGAAGUAAAGGAUUUUGGCGUAUGGAUUUGUUUGCUACUGCUUUUUUUGUUGUUGUUUUUUGUUUCAUUAGUCUAAAUGCAAGAAUUUACACUUUUAACAGUCAUCAAAUAUGAAGUUGUCUUUUACUUGAAUUUGUAAAUGUAUUUAAUAGUUUUGUAUUACAAUUACWGUACUAGAUAACUGGUAGGGUGCAGAGUAUAAUAUAAUGUCAUGUUGAGUAUUAACAAGGUCUAGUUUUUUUUUCUUGGAUUUCUAUUCUAAUUUCUUUCAAAACUUAUUAAAAUAUUUAAAAAUGUUACUCUAUAGUUGGAUGUACAGUCACACCCAUAACAGAUUCACAUUUUGUCUUGUUACAGUCACAAACUGCUGAGUGUUUUGUUAUUUUGUGUAAAUAAAUCAAUACAA